AUGUUAAUUGAAAAUGAAAUUGAUAUGCGACUAGGAAAGACUGCAGAUAUAUUACAAGCCAAGAAUUCGGGGAGAAAUUUGAUAUCUUCGUAUGUAUGCAUAAAACCACAACACAAGGUUGGUGUUAAGAAAAUGACAAAAUUACAAGCUACUUUACAGUGGAAUUUUAAAAUUAAAACAAUAAUCUGA